AUGCCUGAUGGUACGAAGAAGUACAAAGUGGCUAGGUUCAACAAGGAUGGUGGGAAAAUUUGGCUAGAUGGUCUAGAUCCUGAUAAGAUUGCAUGGACAGAGUUUGGAAACAUUGCUUGGGAUCUUGGGUACAGGGAGAAACCAAUUUCAUAUUACUACAAGAUGCCUAGGACUUACUGCAAUGAGGGAUGGAUGCCACUUAGAAACGAUGCAGAUGCACUUGAGAUGGUGAAACUUAUUCCACUGAAGACAAGGCAAAUUAGUGUCUUCAUUACUGGUGGUGGGAGGAGGAGGAAGAAGGAGGCUAAGGAGGAUGCUUUGAGGCCAGUGGACCCAAAUUGGGAGAAUCCUUUGAAUAGAUUAACAGCAGCAGAGAAAAGGAAGGUGGAACUGGAAGCAAACAUUGCUGGGAAUAAGCUAAAUAGGCCUGGUGUGUCAGGUUGUGGUUCAAGUGGAGUUAAUGUGGUUGGUGGUGGAGAUGUUAAUGCAAGGCAAGAAGGGGUUAGGCAGAAGGCAAGGGCAGAUGGAGUCAUUAAUUUGGACUCAGACUCAGACUUGGAAGCUAGUGAGGGUGGAAGGCAACAAAGUCAAGGCACCUUUACUGGUCUUAGUGACUUGGUGCCUCACUUGUUUGCUUCUAAAAGUGUGGCCCAAGCUGGAAAUGACAAUAUUGGACAGGGGCAAAGGAAUAAGGCUGAGGAGCAAGCUGAGGUGGGAUGGAUAUCUAGCAGAUUCUACAACAAGCACAUUCCAAGACCUAGAGUGAAACAUACCGUGCAAAAGAGGUGGGAAGGAAGGCGGCUACCUUGUGUGCUUGCUGCUGAACAACAAGAAUCCGAACCAAUUGAAGUUCAAGCAGUAGAACCAACCCAAACUGAACCAGGCCAUCCUGAAGCAGAAGCAAGCCAAUUUGAAGCACAACCAAGCCAAGUUGAAGGUGAGGCAAGUAAGGUUGAACCAACUGAAGCUGAAGCAAAGGAAGCUGAAGCUGAAGCAAGCCAAUUUGAAGCACAACCAAGCCAAGUUGAAGGUGAGGCAAGUAAGGUUGAACCAACUAAAGCUGAAGCAAAGGAAGCUGAAGCUGAAGCAAGCCAAUUUGAAGCACAACCAAGCCAAGUUGAAGGUGAGGCAAGUAAGGUUGAACCAACUGAAGCUGAAGCAAAGGAAGCUGAAGCUGAAGCAAGCCAAUUUGAAGCACAACCAAGCCAAGUUGAAGGUGAGGCAAGUAAGGUUGAACCAACUAAAGCUGAAGCAAAGGAAGCUGAAGCUGAAGCAAGCCAAUUUGAAGCACAACCAAGCCAAGUUGAAGGUGAGGCAAGUAAGGUUGAACCAACUAAAGCUGAAGCAAAGGAAGCUGAAGCUGAAGCAAGCCAAUUUGAAGCACAACCAAGCCAAGUUGAAGGUGAGGCAAGUAAGGUUGAACCAACUAAAGCUGAAGCAAAGGAAGCUGAAGCUAAAGCAAAGGGAGCUGAAACUGAAGCAAGCCAAUUUGAAGCACAACCAAACCAAGUUGAAGGUGAACCAAGUCAAGCUGAACCAAGCCAAGCUGAAGCAAAGGAAGCUGAAUCCGGGGAGAAGAAGGGCAAGAAGCAGAACCAAGGUGAGAAAGGCAAGAAGCAGAACAAAGGAGUAGGGAAGGGGAAGACGGUUGGUGAAUCAGAGAAGGGGAAGAAGGUUGGUGAAUCUGAAAGGGGGAAGAAACAAAAGUUUAGUGAAGCUGAGAAAGGCAAGAAGGUUGCUGUUGAUUCUAGCAGACCUGCUUCCAAGAAGAAGGGGAGACAAACUAAGGAACCAAGGGUGAUCUAUGUGCCUAAAUCAUAA